AUGAAGGAAAUUAUUCAUAUCCAAGCAGGCCGAUGUGGAAAUCACAUUGGAACUAAGUUCUGGGAAGAGAUUUUGAAAGAACACGGUAUCGGACCUGAUGGCACUUAUAUUGGUACUUCUGAGUUGCAGCUGGAACGUAUUGAUGUAUAUUUCAAAGAAAUGGAAGGGUACAAAUAUUUCCCACGUGCAAUACUUGUUGAUAUGGAGCCGGCGACCCUGGAUACGGUGCUUCAAUCUCCCCGUGGAACUCUUUUCCAAUCGGACAAUUUUGUGUUUGGUAGAGGUAGUGCUAGCAAUAAUUGGGCCAAGGGUUUUUAUAGAGAAGGAAGAGGCUAUAUUGAUGCAGUGAUGGAAGUUGUCCGACAGGAAGCGGAAAUCAGCGACAGCCUACAGGGCUUCCACCUCACGCAUUCCUUGGGAGGUGGUACAGGUUCUGGACUAGGAGCGCUUAUCAUUACGAAAAUACGUGAACAGUAUCCGAACCGCACUAUAUCGUCAUUUUCCACGUUCCCCUCUGUCGAAGUAAUGGGUGUUAUCACGGAGGCAUACAAUACAACGUUGUCCGUGCAACAGCUGGUCGAAAAUGUAGAUGCGACAUUUUGUAUUGAUAACGAGGCGCUUCACCGUAUUGUUAUGCGUGCGCUGGGAAUUCGCUGGCCAAAUUACGAUGAUCUCAAUCAUUUAGCAUCGAUGGCUAUGUCCAGAAUAACUAGUUUCCUACGAUUAUCUGGACAGUUUGAUUCUGAUUUGCGUAAACUGAUUGUCAGUAUGGUUCCUUUCCCGAGACUUCACUUUCUGACGUCUGCAUUUGUUCCGCUGACUGCUCAAAAUAUCAUUGGACCCAGAUUGGAAGUCAAUGAAUUAAUCCAACAGCUGUUUGACGCGCGCAACUUAAUAACCGCUUGUGACCCGAGAAAUGGUCGUUAUCUGGCUGCUGCUGCAAUGGUCCGUGGACAAAUAUCGGUGGAUGAAGUGGAAAAUCAUAUUUUGAGUAUUCGUAAUAUACUGGUCGCUGAAUGGUUGCCAAAUAACAUCAAGUUAGACGGCUGCGAAUUGCCCGCUCGCGGAACCAGAGUCAGUAGUGCUUUUCUCGGUAACACCACUGCCAUCAAAGAAGUGUUUUUCAGAAUCAGAGAACAAUUCGAAGCGAUGUUUCGGCGCAGAGCCUUUCUGCAUUGGUACACAGGCGAAGGAAUGGAGGAAACCGAAUUCAUAGACGCGGGAAAUAAUAUGAAAAGCUUGAUUUCGGAAUAUGAGAACUGCCAGAACAUACUGGACGAUGGGGAUCCAAGUGAAGCGGUCGAUGAUAUGGAAGAGCAGGGUCAGGAAUGA